UGCAAUGUCUGACGAUCUAUCCUGUACCUACCUCAUCAUUGGUGGAGGAAUUGCGGGGGUAACAUGUGCGGAAACGUUAGCAGUACUCCGACCGGAUGCCACCGAUCGCAUCCUGCUCGUAACGGAAUCGUCGCUCGUGAAAGCUGUUACCAAUGUGGUGCCCCUGGGCAAGCUACUGACCCGGUUUGAUGUGGAAGAGCGAACUGCCAGCGAAUGGGCCAGCAGUAAAGUCGUUGUGCUGCAAGAUCGACUUGAAUCGAUUACCUCGACGAACCGGUACGUUCAAACCGCUGCCGGAAAGCGCAUCAAGUAUCGGUACCUGUGCCUCUGUACCGGUGCAAGGCCGAAUAUCAUCGAUAAAGCGCACGGAAGUCCGCAUGUGAUCGGUAUCCGUGAUACGGAGUCAGUGGAGGAGUUACAGAAACGGAUCAGCACCGCCUCUCGGUUGGUGGUCGUCGGAAAUGGUGGCAUCGCUUCGGAGCUAGUGUACGAGAUGGGCGGAAUGGAGGAGAUCCACUGGGUAAUCAAGGAUGCGUACAUUAGUUCGACAUUUGUAGAUUCCGGAGCGGCCACCUUUUUCCAGGAACGGCUCAGCGCUCAGAAGGCUAGUGGCGCCGAUGGAAAGCAAAUUUACCGGCGAAUGCGUUACACGGAGCAGGGCAAUGAGCAGACGUCAAGUGAGCCGGGAAAACGUGGUGGUGCAGCUCUUGGUCCGGAUUGGCAUCGAGCUUUCGAUAUCGGGAAGGCGAUGCAGAACCAAAAAAACGUUACAAUUCAUCCUUCCGUCGAAGUGGCGUCGAUCGUGGAGCGAAGCGAAGAUCACAAAUUUCGAUUGGGGGUACAUCUCACGAAUGGUACCGAGAUUGAGUGUGAUUUUGUCGUAUCCGCUACCGGCGUUGUACCGGCUGUUGGCUGGCCUUGUGAUUGUCCCUUUAAACUAGGUCCCGAUGGCGGGCUGUUUGUCGAUUGGCAUAUGAAGACCACGGUGGAGGAUGUGUAUGCGGCAGGGGACGUUUGUUAUGCCGGCUGGGAGCACGCACCGCACUGGUUCCAGAUGCGCCUUUGGACGCAAGCGCGCCAGAUGGGUGCAAUGGCCGCUCGAAGCAUGGCAGCGAAACGGGCCGGUGAAGAGAUAUAUCAGGACUUUUGUUUCGAAAUGUUUAACCACGUGACGACGCUGUUCGGGUAUCAGGUGGUGCUGCUUGGACGCUACAACGGUCAGGGGCUGAACGACAAGUACGAGGUACUGUUACGCAUGACGCCAGGGCUUGAGUACAUCAAGUUCGUGCUCGUCGAUGGGAAGCUGCAGGGGGCACUCCUGGUAGGAGACACCGGACUUGAGGAAACGUGCGAGAAUUUGAUUCUGAAUCAGCUGGACCUUUCACCGUACGGAGAUGAUCUGCUUGAUCCCAACAUCGACAUAGAGGAUUACUUCGAUUGAAGAACGUUGCAACCGUAUAAGGGGAAGUGGAAAUGCCUACAUAGAUUCACUAUAACAAGAAAUAAAUACCGAAUCAAUUUAAAACGUG